UAUAAUCACGCAUCUUCAACGAAUACUUGCCCCAACUUUCCGCUAUGCUGCGCCGGCUGUAAACUAUUCCUUCCCGUGACCCCAUCUCUCUCUCUCUCUCUCGGCCUGUAGCUUUCACGGUUGCGUAUCCACACUGGGUUGUAGCUGUGAAGAUUGAGAGGCUCUCUCGCACGCUCACACACUCACACUCUCACUGGUUACGAAGCAUUCGUCAUCCGCAGAAGCAGCUUUACUACUUUUUAAUUGCCGCAUUUGGUUACUUUUUCAGUGGAUCUCUCUCUCUUGCGAAGGAGUACUUCAUUCACUACCAAUCAACUAUCUUUCAUUCAUCUCCUGCUAGAGAAGGAUCCCGAUACCAUGGAUUUGAGUACAUUCCACUACUGGUCUUCACUGAUUUUCAUCUCGGUAGUAGGCAUUGUUGUGUUUCCUGCAAUGGUGGCUUCAAUUGGGGUAAACUACGGCCAAAUAGCCAACAAUCUGCCAUUACCGCAGAACGUAGUGCCGCUUGUCAAAUCAAUCGGAGCCACCAAGUUGAAGCUGUACGAUGCAGAUCCGAGGGUGCUCAAAGCAUUUGCCAACACCGGCGUGGAAUUCAUGGUGGGUCUGGGAAACGAGUACUUGGCGAAGAUGAAAGAUCCGGACAAAGCCCAAGCUUGGGUGAAGACCAACGUCCAGGCCUUCCUCCCCGCGACGAACAUCACCGCCAUCUUUGUCGGCAACGAAGUCCUCACCUUCAACGACAGUUCCCUCACCGGCAACCUCCUUCCGGCGAUGCAGAACGUGCACACUGCGCUCGUGAACCUGGGUUUGGACAAGCAAGUGACCGUGACCACUGCACACUCGUUGGCCAUUCUCGAGACCUCGUACCCACCUUCCUCCGGAGCUUUUCGCCGGGAUCUGGUAAACUGUAUUUCUGCCAUCCUGAGCUUCCACUCCAAGACCUGCUCGCCAUUCUUGAUUAACGCCUACCCUUACUUCGCCUACAAAGCGAAUCCCAAGCAGGUCCCGCUGGAAUUCGUGCUCUUCGAGCAAAACGCAGGUGUGCUGGACCCUUCGACGAGCCUCCACUACGACAACAUGCUGUUCGCGCAGAUUGACGCCGUGUACGCGGCGGUGGGAGCCUUAGGGUACAAGAAGCUACCGGUACACAUCUCGGAGACAGGGUGGCCGUCGAGAGGGGACGAGAACGAGGCCGGCGCGACCCCCGAUAACGCCAAGAAGUACAAUGGGAAUCUCAUUAAGCUGAUGACGGAACAGAAGAAGAAGGGCACGCCCAUGAGGCCCAGCUCGGAGCUGAACAUCUACGUCUUCGCUUUGUUCAACGAGAACAUGAAGCCCGGUCCUACUUCGGAGAGGAACUAUGGCUUGUUUAAGCCCGAUGGGACGCCCGCCUACUCGCUUGGGAUUGCCUUGAACGACGGUGUUAGCAACUCUACCAGUUUUAGUGGGUCUUCUCCCGGGACUUACGGGUCGACACCCUCGACUCCGGCGAGUUCUUCUACCGGUUAUUUGUCCAUUUCUUCUUCAGCUAUGGAAAGACGCCAGACGGGUAUUGGCCCGCUAUUCUUUUUCUUCAUGUUUAUGAUGAUGCAAUUAGUGGUGUGUUAAAGUUGGACGAGCUGAGAGCGUUGGAUAUUUGCUUUCAACCGCCUAGUCUACUGGUAGAAAAGGAGGAGAGCCGUUAAAAGCAACGAAGAGGAGAGGGAGAGAGAGAGAGAGAGAAUAAGCAGAGGCAACUUCGGACUUGGGAAAAGGCCUAAAAAAUCCUACCCUGUUUCUUUGUUUGUACGCGACUGUGUUCUGGGAAUCAUCAUCAUCUUCAUCAAAGUUCAAACCAAAGUGCUUACAUGAAAAUUCCCAAUGGGGUGGGGGGCUACACAGAAAAGCCUGAUGCAAUUAAUUGGGCCCUUUUACCCACUUUCACAUUUUCUUUGAUUUGAUCAAUAAUGGUGUGUAGCGUAGUGUAGGGUUCAUCGAGGGAUUGUAGGAGGUGGUAUCGGUACUUUUUCCUCUUUUUAGUUGGCACUCAGCUGUAGCUUUAUCCGCUUUCUUUUUUUUUUGGUGGGGCAGGCGGAUCUGUCUCAGCAUCACUAUUAUUUUAAGGCGUUAGGCGUGUUGUUGAUGAAGAGUCUGGUAGAUUAAAGAGAAGGACCGCAUUCUAUAGAAUAGCCUCCUUGAGGUUAUAUUAUUGACAUGACGUUUGUACGUUGUCCUCCUUUUUCAUCGCUGUUAACAGAAGAUAAUAUAUCUUAGCAUCCA